CAGGAUUGGAGUUCAUGGAAGGAGGAAAGAAGCCGUCUUCCUCGAUCGCCGACGAGCUCUUCCCCACCGGGAAGUACGCGCCUCCUCCCUCCACCUCGCCCGGCUACUUCAGCAGCGUCUUCCCUCCGGCGUCCUCGGUUUUGGGCAAAUCUCAGGGCAAUCCUUCAAAAACACAAACAGUGCGGAGAAAGGAUGGCAAAUCUGUCUCGCCCAGUCGAUCUGAAGAAUCGGCCUACUUCGGCUCGUCCGUUCACUAUGGUGGUCGGGAUUUCUAUGACAGCUCUGCAUCCAACCAACCAACUGGAGCUCCAAAACCUUGGUUUCAGAUUAAAGAUUUGGACAAGGGAGAGAAUUCCAAUGAUCCCAACGCUGCCAACAGAGGUGAAUGGUGGCAAGGUUCUCUGUACUAUUGAAGACACCAACUCCAUGCUAUGCUCUCCAAUCAAUAUAGGAAAAGGUCUGUUGGUGAUUGCUGCUGAUUCAUAUGGUACUCAGCCAGUGUCAACUUAAUCAAGCCAUGAAGUCCUUUUUUUUUUUUUUAAUUUUGGGAACAUGUCGUCUAGUUUAGCUUUAGGGUGUGUCUUCUGAUCAGGUCUGUGCACUGUUCUGUUUCUGGCCUUCGCCUCUAGCUUUUAUUCUUGUGAGGUUGCGAGGUCGCUCAUAAUGUAUCCUUGAUAUAUGCAAUAAGAAAGCAAGCUAAGCAGGUUUUUUUUCC